AUGGGGGCGCCCGCGCGGCUGCUGCGCGCAGUGAUCCUGGGGGCGCCGGGCUCCGGCAAGGGCACCGUGUCGUCGCGCAUCACCCAGCACUUCGAGCUCAAGCACCUCUCCAGCGGGGACCUGCUCCGCGGCAACAUGCUGCGAGGCACAGAAAUUGGAGUGUUAGCCAAGACUUUCAUUGACCAAGGGAAGCUCAUCCCCGAUGAAAUCAUGACUCGGCUGGCCUUGAAUGAGCUGAAAAACCUCACCCAGUACAACUGGCUCUUGGAUGGUUUCCCAAGGACUCUUCCUCAGGCAGAAGCCCUGGAUAAAGUUUAUAAAAUAGACACCGUGAUUAAUCUGAAGGUGCCCUUUGAGAUCGUUAAGCAGCGCCUCACAGCUCGCUGGAUCCAUGCAACCAGCGGCCGAGUCUACAACAUUGAUUUCAACCCUCCCAAACGUGUGGGCCUCGACGAUCUGACCGGGGAGCCCCUCGUGCAGCGGGAGGACGAUAAACCGGAGACGGUGGCCAAGAGGCUGAAGGCUUACGAAGCUCAGACAGAGCCAGUCCUGGAAUACUACCAGAAAAAAGGAGUGUUGGAAACAUUCUCAGGAACUGAAACCAACAAGAUCUGGCCCCAUGUGUAUGCCUUCCUACAAACAAAACUGCCACAAAUAAACCAGAAGUCAUCUGUUACUCCUUGA